GUUUUGUUUGUAUUUCCCAUAAAAAAUAAAAUAAAAAUAAAAGUCUAGCAAAUUUUCUGAACAGUCUGAGACACGGCUAUUUCAUCGUUUCUCUUAUACCGCAGUUAUUCAGUGGCGUGCAGCGUCGGUCAUGUGAGCGCGUGUGUGUGAUAGAGACAGAAUCACUGGACUGUAACAGUUACUGUAGAGGCAUGCGCUUUAAAUACAGACGGGAGAGGAGCGAUCACAGGACUUUCAAACAUGAAGAGCAACAUGGCAGUAAACUCGUCAUUACAACCCAGCCGGAUGGACAGAAGUGCUAGUUUUCUUCAGCUCGUCGAUGCGUUUGCAUUGUCACUGGGAGCACUGAAGCAGCAAAUGGUUCAUGCUGUGCAGGAAAAAGACAGUGAUCCAGAAUUUUCUAUGCUCAUAGAGAUAGAAGGAGAGAUGAGUCCUGUGUGUCUACAGUAUCCUGCGGUUGAUGGGGAAGUUACGAGCAUAAGUGUGAGUGUGUUGGACAAACUGAUACACACACACCCCAUCUGGCUUCUGCUUUCCAUCGACCAGCGAGAGGCCACUGGCAUCCUUCUGCAGCAACCAGCUGGGGUGUUUUUAGUGUGGAAAUCAUCUAUCCUGCAAAAGAAGGUCCUGUCAUUUCACGUGAAUGGCAUCUCAGACUCCUCUGUCAUUCACAUCCCUGUAAAGGAGAACCAGUACACAUUUUCUCUACAGGGCUCAGGAAUCCAUUUUGCUGACCUCUUUCGUCUUGUGGCCUUUUAUUGUAUCAGCAGAGACAUUCUGCCGUUUACCCUGAAGCUUCCUGAGGCCAUCCAUUCAGCAACAAGCCUGUCAGAUCUACAUGAAGUGGCUCAGCACGGAGCAGCAUUCUGGGAAUCUUCUCUCAACAAACAACAAGGUACAAUCUCUGCCCCAAACAGUUCUCUGCUUCCGGACAGACUGCAAAUUUCUCUGCACGGCAGCUGCUCUGGUGUCUUACAGACAGAGGAUCAAACCUGCACCCCAUUUGGGAAGCUACUGACCAACACCUGCCCUGAUACCUCAGAAGGUGAAAGGAGUUGCUCCAGCAGUGCUCUGUCUUUUAUCAACCCUGUCUUUCUCAAGACACAGCAAGAUGUCACUGGAAAUUCAGAAACAGUGAUCGCAAAAGACCCAACAGCCAAAAACGGAAAAUCUCGUCCCCCUCCUCCACCAAGACCACCUCCUCCUCGCAUUUUGGUUCAUACCCCUACUUCACCUUCAGGUCCGAGGACUAUGCCUUUGAGUGCUGGCAUUACUAGAGCGAGUCAGAGACACAGUCCUCCACCACGACCUCCACAGCCUCCAGACAUCGACAGCUACCGCUGCACCAUUGCGUUAGAUGACGAAACCAUCUCUAGGGCCCUUUCUCAAGCCAAUACGACUCCUUUAAGCCCGACCAGCAGCACCAUCCUGCAGCAAUGGACCGGACCCGAAGAGAAAGGGCUAAGCUCAAGUGGCCGAAGCUUGUCUACAUCCUCAUCAGACUCUUUAGAUUCUCCUCCACAUCAUCUCCCAUUGGGAUUAUCCCAAAACGUGGGCAAAAACCUCUCCACGGAUGACAGCAGUGAUGAGAAUGGGGAGGAGGAGGACGACUACGGUGUGGGACUUGAAAGGGAUCUGCAUCUUCGCCUUCGUGCUUCCCGCAUGUCAAAGAAACUCCUGUCGGUCGAACUAGUGGCCGCUCGACCGAGAUCGCUUGUUAUCCCACGAGCACUAAGGGGACACUUCCGUAAGGUCCGAGGUGUUUUCAGUGUACUGGCUACGCCUGAAAAACGCAUCUUGCUUCGGAUCAUUGAGUUGUCCCAAGAUAAAUCUUCUUACUUUGGGUGCCUUGUGCAGGACUAUGUGAGCUUUGUGCAGGAGAAUAAAAACUGCCACUCAUCCAGCCAGGAUCUUCUGCAGACACUCCGGCAGUUCAUGACCCAGAUGAAGGCUUACCUCAAACAGAGCUCAGAAAUGAACCCACCUAUAGAGUCUUACAUACCUGAGGACCAAAUAGAUCCAGUGUUGGAGAAGGCCAUGCAUAAGUGUGUGCUGAAACCUCUGUACAGCUGCUUGCAGUCGGUGCUGCAUGACUUCCAGGAGGCCGGUGGAGUGUGGCAGAGGCUGCAGGAGAAUCUGGCCCUGGCCAAGGCCAAACUUCCUCAUGAGCUGGGAGUAAACGGAGCCCGGCCUCCAGACGCCCACGCCAUCCACAGGAUCUGCCGAAAACUCCGAGCCAUGUGCCAGAUGUACUCACCUGAGAGGAAGAUUAUGGUGCUGUUAAAAGUCUGCAAACUCAUCUACAACAUUAUGCAAGACCAUGAAGUGCGGAUGUUUGGAGCGGAUGAUUUCCUGCCCAUGUUGACAUAUGUGCUGGUCCAGUGCGACACGCCUCAGUUGGAUGCUGAGAUCCUGUAUAUGAUGGAGCUGAUAGAUCCCUCAUUACUGCAUGGAGAAGGAGGAUAUUACCUCACCAGUGCAUAUGGAGCAAUGUCACUGAUUAAGAACUUCCAGGAAGAGCAGGCUGCCCGAGCACUCAACUCUACAACACGCGACAUGCUCCACCAGUGGCACCAGCGUCGCACACUGCAGAGAAACCUGCCCUCAGUGGACGACUUCCAGAACUACAUGCGAGUGGCUCUGCAGAAGGCAGAUAGCGGCUGCACGGCUAAAACCCUUCAAGUGCGGCCCUACGCCACGACAGAAGAGGUGUGUCAUCUUUGUGCACUCAAAUUCCGCGUUUCUGAUCCAGAAAACUAUGGCCUGUUUCUUUACACGGAUGAGAGCAGCCAGCAGUUGGCCGCAGACACACACCCACAGUGGAUAAAAGCAGAGUUACAUACUCGAGCGAAGCGUCAACACUUUUACUUUGUCUACAAGUCAAUACACAGCAUGAACUGUUCCACUCCUUUGUCUUGAAAGCAGGAAGUUUCCUGAACACUCAAUAGACGGAAAGUGUGUGACUUUACAAAAUGUGUAUAAGGAUCGGGAAAUUAAAAGGUCUCAUGGAUAAAGUGGCUCAAAAAGAACAGUAUUUUUACAGUAUUUAUUCAACUUAGUUAAUGUUGAUCUCAACAUUUUCUAAUACAUUUUUAAGACCAUAAGUAGUGUCUUUUUGACAUGAAUUAAUGUACUGUUAAAUAACAUGAACAUUUUGAUUACAUGAACAUUUGAAAACAUGAACAUUUCAUCUUAGUUAAUGCAUUAAUUAAUGUUAACAAACGAGACCUUAUUGUAAAGUGAUAUUAGUAUUUUUAUUUUAGGUCAUUAUUAUGUUAGGUCAUUUUUAUCUUACAAUAGCCAUGGUAACUUGAUUGAAUGCACUUGGUGAUUGCUGUCAAUUACUGUAAAAAAUGAAAAUAUACAAUGGUUAAUCAUAAUUGACUUGUCUUUCCCACUAAAGGGUCCUAAAUAACACGAUGUUAUUUCUUGGGUAUCACAAUUCUAAGCAAUAUAGCAAUGUCUUUUUUUUUUUUUUUUUUUUUUUUGUAAUGUUGGAAAAUAAUGUAGUAAAAUGAUUGCAUACAAAAUGCAGAUGAAUACUAAUUGUGCUGUAGAUAGAUAGAUAGAUAGAUAGAUAGAUAGAUAGAUAGAUAGAUAGAUAGAUAGACAGAGAUAUAUAGAUUUAAAAAAUGACAAAUAUUUUUAUAUUUAUCAGUUCCACAGACUAAAAUUGUAAUGUAUGAUCAUUCAUAAUUUAUGUUAAUAUAAUAACAAUAGUUCAUAUUACAAAUCUGACAAGAAAAAAAAAUAUUUUCCUUUUUUAUAGUGUGACACCAAAGUGUGCUAUAUUUGUACAAAGUCCCAAAUAUGACAUUAUGUAAAAUAGUG